AUGAAGGUGAAAUCAUCAGUGAAGAAGAGGUGUGAGUCUUGUAAGACAGUGAAGCGCCGUGGAAUUAUAUAUGUCAUAUGUUCAUCCAAUCCUAAGCACAAGCAAAAGCAGGGGUACUGCUCCAUCGCUCAUGAAGGAACAAUACCAACUCCCUUGUUUUCUGACUCGGUUUCUAAUCAUGAAGUAGUGAAGCUGCCUAGUUUUGGAGUAUCUGCUGGUCUGGCGCCUCUUUUACACAAGAGGCCUGAGCCAACGAUUUUCGGAUGGAAAGCAGGCUCUUCUAGAACCGCUUCCGCCAUGAAUGACCCUGACAACAAGAUAUAUGACAUGCUUGAGUGUUUUGCUUCUUAG